AUGUUGCUCCCCGGACACAGGCCUCGGGCCCUGCCCUCCCUCUUCCUCUGCGCUGUGGUCCUGGCCUGUGUUGUGGAAUGCCUGCAAGCAGUGCCUACAGACUCCCCGAGCCCGAGCCCCCCGCCAGGGCAGGCGACUAGUUCCUGGAGCCUGGUGCGGGACAAGGUGAAGGGGUUGAUGGAGCCGCUGGUGACAAAGACCAGAGAGACAUGGCAGUGGUUUCGGGUCCCCACAGCCGUCCGGGGCUUUGUGCAGACCUACUACGAGGACCAUCUGAAGGACCUGGGUCCCCGCACCCAGGCCUGGCUCCGCAGCUCCAAGGACAACCUCCUGAACAAGGCCCACAGCCUAUGUCCCCAACUUCUUUGUGGGAACAAGGACCAGGGUUAA